CACAGAGGGGCAGAGGGGGAGAGAGGGGGAGCUUGGUUUCCUGGCAGCACAGGGGGGAAAGAAAGGGAAGGGAAGGUAAGCAUGCCCUCUCAGCUUCCAUAGCUCACAGGCAUUCUGGGACAGGAAAAUAGAGUUACAAACUUCCGUGUUGGAAAGAAGGGUCUCCUGGGCUAAAGAAACUUCAAGCAGCUGGAAAUGCCAGCAGGGUCCUCUCUUUACUCUAUCCGGCCUCUGCCGUGGGGCUGAGGAGAGAAACUUCAGUAACCGUGGUGACUUGAUGCCAGGGAUCCUUUCAACUCUGGGGAACGGGUAUGUUAUUUUUAUGUCCUCAAAGCGAAAAAAGAAGCUGAGACCUGCUGAGAUAAUGACUGUUAAUUUAGCAGUGUGUGAUCUGGGCAUUUCAGUUGUAGGCAAACCCUUCAGCAUCAUCUCCUUCUUUUCCCACCGCUGGAUGUUUGGGUGGAUAGGCUGCCGCUGGUAUGGCUGGGCUGGCUUCUUCUUUGGCUGUGGGAGCCUCAUCACCAUGACAGCUGUCAGCCUGGACAGGUACCUGAAAAUCUGCCACUUGUCCUAUGGUACCUGGCUUAAGAGGCACCAUGCAUUUAUCUGCCUGGCAAUAAUCUGGGCCUAUGCUAUGUUCUGGGCUACAGUUCCUUUUGCUGGGGUGGGGAGCUACGCCCCCGAGCCCUUUGGGACCUCCUGCACUCUGGACUGGUGGCUGGCACAAGCUUCAGUGGCUGGACAGGCCUUUGUUCUGAGCAUCCUUUUCUUCUGCCUCCUGUUCCCAACUGCGGUGAUUGUGUUUUCCUAUGUGAAAAUAAUCUUAAAAGUCAAAUCAUCCACCAAAGAAGUCGCCCACUACGAUACCAGGAUUCAGAACAGUCACAUUCUUGAAAUGAAGCUGACCAAGGUGGCAAUGUUGAUCUGCGCAGGGUUCCUCAUUGCCUGGAUCCCUUACGCCGUGGUCUCGGUCUGGUCAGCCUUUGGACGGCCGGACUCGGUCCCCAUCCCGUUCUCAGUGAUCCCAACACUGCUUGCAAAGUCAGCAGCCAUGUACAACCCCAUCAUUUACCAGGUCAUUGACUGCAAGUUUGCCUGCUGCCGGUCAGGAGGGCUGGAGGCCAAGAGCUCUUUGAAGAAAUCAAGGACAUACACAAUAUCUGCACCCAGAGACUCCACAGCGAUGAACGAAACCCAGCUGGAAGCAUGAGGGCUCAUCUCACUUACAGCAAGUGAAAACCUGAUGGCAAACCACCCUACUGGCUCAAGCCCCUCUUUCUGUAAAUGAAUUAAAACGUGCUGACAGGUUUAUUUUGCUCCCUAUUGCUAUGUGCAAUGUACAGUUCUUUCCAUCCUGACCAAAAUUGUGCAUUGGGAAAAUAUUCUAAGGACUCAGAGGAAGAAGAAACAGAGAAAAUUUGUUUUUUAUUGAAAAUUUUCCUUCACUUCAGAUAUUUUAGAAUGCCCUUUUUUAGCUCUUCUUAGCACUAACAGAAAUGAUAGUUUGGGCAAUAUUUUCUCUCAGGGGAAGGAAAGUAUUCAUAAAGGCCAGUUUUAAUUUACCAAAGCUAAUCUCCCUAAAUUCCUGCUGCAGUCACUGGAGACCUGGAGCACGAAGGAAAGGAUUCCUUAGAGGACAAAUCUGAGUUGGAGCUUCUCUUCUCAGGGCUCUGAAUUACACAGUGGGGAAAUAUUAGCUGACUGGAUUUCCCUGGUGAGCAUCUCUCCAAAUCAUGAGGCUACAAGCUGUGUUAAACCCACUUUGACUCAGUCCUUCAAUAUUCAGAAACAUUUUGAUUUUAGUCAUGGCAAAGUCAGAGGUGCCACAUUCAUAUACAGGAUCACUUUAUGAGAUAUAAAAUAAUCAUUACUCAGUUGUGAAUGAAAGGGGAAAGGUCUCUUUCUCAAAUUGUAGAUUAAUUUAGGAGUUACAAAUAACUUUGUAAUAAAAAAGCAGAAGUGAAAUUAAGUCAGCCCAAGCCAAACAGAGCAAACCAUUAUUUUACACAUUUUUAUCAUUCUCUGGCCAAAAUUACAAUGAAGUGUGUUGGAAAUAAGCAGAAAGAUUCGAUAACUGAAUUUUUCACUGUGUAUUUUACUCAUCACAAUUCUUUAUGAGAUCAGUUCAUGAGAUAUAAAAUGGCAAAAUGUUCCUCAAUCCAAACCAUGAAAAAAAAUUCAGAACUGGUGUGUUUGUGAGAAGGGUCACAGCACUGGUAACAGAGGAGCCUUUCCAAAGUGCAGCUGCAGAGUAAUUUUUAAUCACUAAGUCCUGGAAGGAUGAGGAUUAGUAACUAUUUGAGAGAAUAAAGUUCUGUAAGUUCCGAAUGCAUUCAACAGAAAAACAAUGUGUCUUGAAAAGACCUGCAGAGUAAGGCAGCCAAAAAACUUGUCUUGGAUAGGAGCCAUAAUUAUUCUUAUUAUCUCCUUUUUCUCCUUUGGAUUUAUCUUAAAGUGGAGGCAUCACUACAGAUCAAAACCAAGCAUUUCAGUGAAAGCAGAGUUUUAAUUCUUAAAAUAAUGAUUUUGAUGUUUCUCUAUAAUUUUAUUUUUCAAGAAGGAUAUGAUUUUAUUAAAAAUAAGUUAAUUGCAAAUCAAAGAGUCUCCCACACAUAUUUCUGCUGACUAUUAAAAAAACCCAAAGUUUCAAGGGCAAAGCUUUCUUCUGAGUUGUUCCUUUAAGGAAAGAAAGCAUUUGUGAGUUUCAAUUACUUUCCUGUUUAAUAUUUCCUGUUUAAUGUUAAUUCAGAAUUGUGUUUAAUACACAUUUUCUGCAACACUGAACUGAACUUCUUUUGUAGCUGAUUCAUGGUGAUGUUAAUAUUGCUUUAUACAAUAACAUUACAAAGGUUUAAUCUGAUGUUUGUUGGCAUGUCCCAGAACUCCCAUUCUGCAGUUGCUAUUUUAUCAAAUGAUAUUCAGACCAUGUAGCAGAAUUUUGUUGAUUUUUCCUGAAGUAUUGUUUCCUCUGAAAUGUUUUAGCAAAAGAAGUUUGAAUAAAAAGGAAGAGAACUUGCAGAGGUACUGAGUUGCUGUGCUACCUAUACAUUGCUUUGUAUUUUCCCCCAGAAGUCGAGUUCUUUCAUUUUAAAAUACCUUUCAGCAUAAAACAAACUACUUUCUUAACUACAGUUGCAAACUGUGCCCACAAAUUGAUCCAGAGCAUCUUUUACAAUAUCUGCAGACUUGGUUAUGGAGAUAUUAACAUGCUUGCCUGCAUCUUCCUGCAGCUUUUAUUACUUUCUUCAUUCAGGCAAACUUCUUUGUAUCUUUAGGUGUUUAUCAUAACUAAAGUGUGAUGUAAAUCAGAACAGUGUCCCUAAAAAUGAGAUUAGCUGGAGCAACACUGUUGGUAAAACUGUAGGAAUUGCUGACUACUCUGGCCAGAUUUAGGGGUAAAUCAACUCACAGUUUGUGCAUCAGCCCUUCCUCUAAUUUAAAUUCAGGAAGCUUUUCUCUUUAUUUGAUAAAAUUAUGUACUUUCCUCAGAAUUGCUGCUGGGUCAUCCCAGAAGUGUAUACACACUUGUGGUAGGAUGAAUUUUAUAUUUUUAAAGAGUGUAGGAUGUUUUUGGAUUUGUUACAUAGUUGGAUUCCACUAUAACAAAUGUACUAGAUACAUGUGCUACCUAAAGAGUUCAGAGGUUUAGUAAGCCCUAAAUAUGAACUUCCAGAAUAAUGAUAAAUGUGUUUCAUAUGACUUAAAGAUAUUUAUUUUCACAUUAUUGAAAUUUAUUUAUUUUUUAUUCAGUGCCAUAACUAUUCUUGUCUGAAAACUCUGUUUUGCCAUGGCUGAACAAUAUCUUGCCCUAGGAGAAAGUUUAGGAUUCCAGCUUGUGCAGGAGUUAGAGACAAGUUUAUCCUGAGCAUGUGUUCAAGUGAAAGAUGUUCCCCUGAACCAAGCAGGACAUGCACAUUUUGGCAUGCAGUGCUUAAUUUAAAUGCAGAAUCUGAACAUUGGAGCAAAUGGAUCUCAUUGGGUUCAGUGACAAAGGAGAACUGGAGCACUCUCUUUGUUCACCUGUAUAUAAAGCAGCUCACACAGUUUCUGCUCUGUUUGGGAUCACAGUGGUAGAGGAAUGAGGGGUCAUUAUGGAUUCACAUGUUCAAGGUCAGCUUUGAAUUGAUUUGAAGGUUGGAGCCAGAUGGUUCUAAAGAUAAUACUUUGCCACUGAUGCUCAGGAGAGAGUUUUUCCCUCUCCCUGUGCUGAGGUUGAUGAUUAUUAUAUAAAACUGAGAUAUGUAAGCUUGGUCUGAGGUCAUCAAAAGACCAAAUCUCUCACUUUCCUCUUUUCUUCUAAAUGUUUUACAAAUUUCAAAUGUAUGCCAUUUUGUGAUCUGAGCUUUGUCAAAGCACCAACAGUGUAAAACCUACUCAGUGUGAUGAAUGAGUAAGGAAUAUGACUCUGAAGGAAGAUUUAUUUAUUGCUUUUUCAAUAUUUCAUCCUCCUUGUUAUUUUAAGGAAUUUCCUCUUUUUGUGUGUAAACACUAAACUAAAUGUUUUUCAAUGAAAAUAGUGUCAUCAAGAAUAAUAGAUAUAAAUGAAGAUCUUUUAUUAUGUAACCUUUGUGCACAUUCAGAGUGGGCUGCCAAGAGGCAAAAUUCUAUUUGAAUUCGCUGUUCAUGGCUUGAAGGAAGUAAUUAACACAGGCUAAGACUGCACUUAGAUAAUGAGCUGACCUGGACCCCAAGAUUGAGAGUAAGAGAGUAGUGAGAGCAGUAUUGUACUUUGAAGCAAUAGUGAAAUUACGCAAAGCAUGAGGACAUGGAAAUAUUUAUUUGUCAUUUUCAGUCAUAGAUGAAGAAUGACUUUAAACCUUCUGCAGACUUGGAAAUCUGUUGACAAUGAAGAAAUAUCAAGAUUUAAAAUGCCCGAAGAGGCUCUUGAAACAGGAGAUUUAAACAAACUUUUAUGACAGAAGUUGGAAAAAAUAAAGUACUAAAAAUGGAAGUUAUGGUAGUGGGAUUUUGGAAGACAGUAGAGAUCAUUUGUCCAUGCAGGUGAAUGCAGCUGUAGCAAAUUUUAUUUCUAGACCUGUAAUGAAAAUUAAAAGAACCCAACCUAACAAGUGACUUGUUAAAAACAUUUUUCACCCACGGCACAAGACUGCUGAGAGCAGAAGAUUUUUGGCUUUAUGGCGUUGAAAGUGAAAGAGAAAAUUAAUGUGUCUUCAUAUGAAAAGAAUGGGAUUAAUGAAUGACAGGCACAAUGAUAGUGAAUGGAAUUCCUUGGUGGAACUUUUCCCUUGGCUGACAAUAUCUUUUAGAGGCUGUUCCACCUACACAGGGUAUGGGGUGUUCUUGGUCAUGAGAAUAAAUCUGAAUAACUGCUAAAUGACCAGGCACUUAUUUCUCCUGUAAUUCUGCAUUAUUCAUUUUAUGUUUGUGUUUCCACCUCCUCUCCCCACCAGGGAACUUUCAGACACAUCAGUCUGCAUCCCUCAGGAAAGCUGCUUUGGCAUCUUUUUAGUCACAUUUCCCAGCUCAGGAUGUCCCCACGUGAGUCUCAUCCUGGGUAAGAAGCUCUUGGCCAACGAUGUUCACCAUAACAGUGAUUUCUCUUCUUCCCUCCUCUCAAAGAAGGUUUGGUUGGUUCCCCCCCACCUCUGUAUUUUCCCAGGUUUCAAAGGCCUUUGCAGGUCUCUGGGCCCACAGAAGAACACUUAGCAGCCUGAAACUAGAUUCUCUGGAUAGCUGCUGAUGAGCUCCACCAUUUCCAUCACCAUGUUUACACUGUUCUGCAGCUCUUGGCAUCCCAUACUGACCUUUUAUCUACAUGCUUUGCUUUUCAGGAUAUUCUAUUCAGGAUUUCAGCUCAUAUUCUCCUUCACUUGGAACAUGGUGCCCACGGUGAGGGCUGUUUUUUAACUGUCUGGAAUGAUCUUCACUUCCCCAGUUAUGCCUGUUUCACUUUGCAGCUGGGGGAGAGGGUCUUGGACAUAUAAGCCAGAGCAAAACCUCCUGAAAUACAAGGUGUAGUUACAGAUUUUCAUGCUCUCAUUACUUCUGAACUCACAGGAUGCCUCACUAGUUUUGAAUAAAGAGCCUUUUCCAGUCACUGACUGCAGUUUUGUGUCUCAGUGGCAUAGAAAAGAAAACCCAUCUGUUUUGUUAGAGAUCUGUUCUGAGGGACACAUUCAGUAUAAAAUCAGGUGAGUGCAACAAAUGGAUGAAAGCUCCUGAUAAAGGUUUGGUAGGUUCCCUGAUUCAGUAAGAUGGUCAUUGUUCUGUAAUUUGGUUGUAACACCUAAAGGGAGUUUUGGGAGUCAGUCUCCUAUUCUCUGUGGAAUAUAGCUAAGAAAUUUAUGAAAUAACAAGUAAACAUUCAUUGCACUGACCAAAACCUGACAUUGCACAGAACAAUUUCAGGUAUAGAUUGUGGAUACAUGUGUGGUACACAAUAUAUUUUAAAUUAUAAUGUUUACAUUGCAUAAAGCAUAAUCUUACAAUAGUAAAAAUAUGAAACAUUUAGGAAAUAGGUAUGAGUAGAAAAUAGACAAAAUAGACAAAAAAUACAAAAAUAGAGAUGGGAAGAUCUUCUGCUUUCUAAAAGGGGAUACACAGAGGCUCACCAUCCUAAAAUCAGAGGCAGGUGUGAAAGUCUUGCUCUUUCUGCACAAAUCUUGCAAAACAUGUCAAGGAAGGGAUCUUCCCUUAGGGUUUUGCAUCCACAGAGUCAGUCUGUAACACCAGAAAGGGUUUCCUUGGAGCACUGAAGAUCUCUGUUCCUGAACUGCAAACAAUUAUGGAUUAUGGAUUAUGGAUUAUGGAUUAUGGUGGAUUGAUCAGUGGCUGGAGAACCUGCCUGUCUGUCUGCAGUUCUGUCCCCAAAGCUAAGGGAAGCUUUAGAGAAGGUGUAAAGGCACUUCUUUCUCCUGAAAAAAAUGAUAAUGUAUAAGCACCAGAAACAGAGGUGAGGGGGUGACGGGGUUAAGCAAAAUCGUCUAAAAGAGGAAAGGUCAGAGAAAAUGAUAUCAGUCUAUAAAUAUCUUUGAGAGAAUAAAAAUGUAAAUGAAGGGAGUUAUUCACAGUCUCAGAAGGUGAAAGAAGGAAAAAUUAAAGCUGGAAGUUAAGGCAGGAAAAGCUGGAAUGGGAUUUUCUGAACUACAGGAACAUUCAGGCUUUGGAAGAGCUCUCAAGCGGAGAAGUUGGGACAUGUCUAACUGGAUACUCAAGAAUAGAUUAUUUAAUCUACUAACAAAAAUUGUUAAAAAUUGGCAAUACUUCUAAACAGCCAUUUUUUAAUCCUGACAUCUGAAUUUCUGAGGAUUUUCCUAAUUUAAACACUAUUAGGAGCUCACCUUAGGAGCUCUGUGCUGCUGAAGCAAUGAGUGCUGACCUUGCUGUACAGACAGCUGGAUCGUUUACACUGGAACUGGCUUCAAAAGACCCCUCACACCGUGAAACUUCACUUCUAAUGAAGUGAUUUCAAAAUCCAAAGUUGGUGCAAUGCAGUGUCAUGUGCAGAUGCAGAGUUAAACUUUAUUAUGAAAGAAAUAGCUUUGCUUUCACUGUUACUCGAUGAGCUUUUUGGAGAGGUGUCAUUCUGCAACACUUGCAGUUCAAGCUGAAAUAAAGUGCUGUAAUUACUGCCAUGGACAAUUUGUUGGAAUAAAAUAUUUUCAGCUGCGCUAUUUAGCUUUUGAGAACAUGAUAAUAAAUCUGGAAUCCCAGAGUCAUUAAAUUAAAAUACACCAAACAACAACAGGGAAAUUACAUGAGAAAAUUACCUUCAGAAAAAACACAUAUUAGUGAUUUGUGAUCUACAUUUUCAUUCUUAGGAAUUUUAUUUCUAAUAGAGUUAAAUUUACAAAGAUACCAAGAGACUUUUAGUGAUACUGACCCAAAAUAACUACGAUAUGAUUGUUAUCUCAAGGCUUAGGUGUAUUAAUUGUAUGGAAAUAUAUUUCUAUUACUGAAGGUUUGUCCUACUAAGAAAUAAUUUCAAGUGUAAUUUUUUGUGUAAAUGUGCUGUAUUUAUAGUUUCAGUUCAUUGGCAGUAGGAUUGCAUUCACAUUUAAUGUCCUGAUGCUGGUCUAUGCUUAAUAUUGUAGAGCAAGAAAUCACAGACAUGUAUUAGAGAGAUUUCUGUUCUGUUUAGGUGAUCAGACCCUUCCUGCUGAAAAUAUGUGCACACCUGCGUGGAAGUCCAUGGUCUACGUCUCUUUCCAGUUUCUAAUGUAAAAAAGAGAUCUUGUGUUUCCUUUGCCUUGCUCAUCUCCCACCACAGCAGCCUUGUUGGAGUUGUACCUGGGUAACAAAACCCACAACAGCCAGUCCAGGUCCAUAGGGAAAAGGGAAAGGAGGGGAAAUGUGGGCUCUUUCUCAGUUAAAAAUGAGAUUAACCAGGAGCAACCCCACCAAAUUCAGCGUACUGCUCUGCAACUGUGAUAGAAAUGAAAGGAGAAAAUAUCUUUUCAGUGUUAUGAGGCCCAAGAAAUGCCAGAUGCACUGACCACUGUCAGUACCAUUUCUAGCAGCAGAGCUGAUUCUCCAACGCUGAUGUAAACACCUAGACCUUGAGCUAGGAUGGUCCUUUUUGCUAAGGACACCUACUGACUGCACUGAAAAUGUAACUUGGAUGGUAGCACAAAGGUGAGGAAGGCUGAAGGCCAGUUUGCACCCAGCUUUGAGUGAUUUUGGCUUCCUUCAUGUUCUGCUUCAUUGUAGUCCUUAAAAAUGCACUUGACAUUCCCAGUGACCCACAGGAGUGCACAGCUGGAGUGUCAGUCUUGGCAUGCUGGUGUUGUAAGCAACAUUCAAACCUGUAAUAAACUAAUAUAAAACUUCCUAGAAUAUUUAUUACUGAAUUUUUUCAGCACUUUGGAGCUCAAAGUGUAGUGGAGGAUCUGAGUAUGGUGAUUAAUGAACCUCAGAGGUCAGAGCAGUGGGAGAGUUCAUUAACCACUGUGAUUUUGCAAGUCAUGGUAUAAAAGUCAAUGUUUUGUGUCCAUCAAUGUUUCCAACACGUUGUGUGUCUGUGCAAUGUCCUGGAACUGCAAUCACCAAUGUAAGAGAAAAUUUAUGGAGCGAGCCUGUAAAUAACUGUGUAAGUUCUUCAGUGGUGUUGCUGAGUUAAUAUGUUAUUAAUAUAUAACACUGUGUUAUGAAGCAGUAAAGAACCUCACUUACUGGCUGCACUUAACAUCAGGGGACACUUCACUGUCACUGUGUUGGAACAACAGUGGUGAUUUUCAUUUUUCUGUGUUCUUUUUAUUCCCCUAAACACACAACCAGAUGGAUGACAUCAUGGGCAGACUUUAUUUUCUGCACUUUGUUAUCUGAAUGUGUUUUCAAAUAAAGC